CCCUUCAGACAGGGGGGCGGGGCUUCCGCCUGGCGGGGCUGUGCGCGCUCACCCGCGGCAGAAGCUAACUCUUUUCCAGGUGCUCGCUCUCUCGUUAGGCACAUGCACGCGUAGCCAUCGAGGCAGUUCCGUCCCGUUUACCAAAGCAUCUUCCCUUUGGUUACACCAGCUCUGGCUUAGGGAGGUGACUCUGUCAUGUCGAACUCGCGGCCUAGGCCCCGCCGCGGCGCCGGGAGUGGCGCCCGGGCAGCCGGGCGGGACGAGCUGGUGUCGCGGUCCUUGCAGAGCGCCGAGCACUGCAUGCGCGCCCAGGACUUCGGCACCGCUUACGCCCACUACCUCCUCGUGCUCAGCCUGGCGCCGGAGCUGAAAGACGACGUGAAGGAAACUUUCCAGUAUACACUCUUCAGAUGGGCUGAAGAGCUUGAUGCCCUCAGUAGAACACAAGACUUACUUGGUUGCUAUGAGCAAGCCCUGGAACUGUUUCCUGAUGAUGAAGUGAUUUGCAAUAGUAUGGGGGAGCAUCUCUUCAGAAAGAAAAAAAUGAAUCCAGAGUUCUGUGGAUUAGACUUUUGUGAAAACUCACAGCAUGAUAUUUUACUUACAUGUAUUUUUAAAAAAUCAUUCUGUAGAGUGUCCCUAGUUGUAACAGAAACUGUCGAUGCAGGUUUAUUUGGAGAAGGAAUUGUGGAGAGUUUGAUUCAUGCAUGGGAGCAUUUACUUUUGCAGCCAAAGACCAAAGGUGAAAAUGGUAACAAUGGAAAGUAUGGGAAAGUUAUACCAGCAAGUGCUGUUAUAUUUGGCAUGGCAGUAGAAUGUGCAGAGAUAAGAAGACAUCAUAGGGUGGGCAUUAAGGACAUUGCUGGGAUCUGUUUGCCAACAAAUGUGAAAUUUCAGAGUCCAACUUAUUCUUCUGUAGAUACCGAAGAAACAGUUGAACCUUAUACAACUGAAAAGAUGAGUCGAAUUCCUGGUGGAUAUUUGGCUUUGACAGAGUGCUUUGAAAUUAUGACAGUAGAUUUCAACAAUAUUCAGGAAUUAAAAAGUCUUGCAACUAGAAAACCUGAUAAAAUUGGUGUUCCUGUUAUUAAAGAAGGCAUACUAGAUGCCAUUGUGGUUUGGUUUGUACUCCAGCUUGAUGAUGAACAUAGUUUGUGCACAAGUCCUAGUGAGGAAUCAUGUUGGGAACAAGCUGUCUACCCCGUACAUGACCUUGCAGACUACUGGAUAAAGCCUGGGGACCAUGUGAUGAUGGAAGUGUCUUGUCAGGAUUGCUACUUAAGAGUCCAGAGUAUCAGUGUCUUCAGUUCGGAAUAUGAAAUGGAUGUUGGACAAAGUUCUACCAAGAAUAAAGACUUGCUCUCUUUAGGAAAUGAGGCUGACCUCUGUAGUGCCCUGGCUAACCUUCAGACCAGUAAACCAGAUGCUGUGGAGCAGACAUGUGUACUGGAAUCCACAGAAAUUGCUUUGCUGAAUAACAUUCCAUAUCAUGAAGCCUUCAAAAUGGCAAUGAGGAAAGUGCUGUCUUCACUGACCCCAGAGAAGCUGUGCCAGGCCGUGGAUGCCCACUGCCAGGACAGUGAGAUGAGCUGUGGAAGUGGACAGAAUGAUUCUGAACAGAGUGCCUCGGAGCCUUUCUAUGUGCUAGAUGUGUCUGAAGGCUUCUCUGUUCUGCCUAUAAUCGCUGGCACAUUGGGGCAGGUUAAACCUUACAGUUCUGUGGAGAAAGACCAGCAUCGCAUCACUCUGGACCUCAUAUCUGAAGCCAAUCACUUUCCUAAGGAAACACUUGAGUUUUGGUUGAGACAUGUGGAAGACGAAUCUGCUGUGUUGCAAAGGCCCAAAUCAGACAAGUUGUGGAGUAUAAUUAUAUUGGACGUCAUUGAGCCAUCUGGGCUCAUACAGCAGGAAAUAAUGGAAAAAGCUGCAAUAUCCAGGUGUUUGCUACAAUCUGGAGGCAAGAUUUUUCCUCAGUAUGUGCUGAUGUUUGGGUUGCUCGUGGAAUCACAGACACUGGUAGAAGAGAAUGCUGUUCAAGGAACAGCACGAACUCUUGGAUUAAAUAUAGCACCUUUUAUUAACCAGUUCCAGGUACCUAUUCGUGCAUUUUUGGACCUGUCCUCACUGCCUUGUAUACCUUUAAGCAAGCCAGUGGAACUCCUAAGACUGGAUUUAAUGACUCCAUAUUUGAACACCUCUAACAGAGAAGUAAAGGUUCACAUUUGUAAAUCUGGACAAGUGACCGCCAUUCCAUUUUGGUAUCAUAUGCAUCUUGAUGAUGAGAUUAGGUUAGAUACGUCCAGUGAAGUCUCCCACUGGAAACAAGCUGCAGUUGUUUUAGAUAAUCCCAUCCAGGUGGAAAUGGGGGAGGAACUCGUGCUCCAUGUCCAGCACCACAAAAGCAACGUCAGCAUCACAGUGAAGCACUGAAGAGCAGUUUUCUGGUGAAAACCUGUUUACAUAGAGCAAAUACACAACUUUUCUGGUCUGAGUAGUGUGACUGUAAUCAUAAAGUGGGGGAUAUAAAGACUUAAUUCCUUGUAUUGAUCAAAUUUUUUUUUAAAUUGACCUUUAAUAAAAUGUAUGUAAAAGAUACGUUAUGUAGUAGUAUUAUUACAAAAAUAUUUGCUGCAGACUUCCUUUCUGAAAAAGGAAGCAAAUCAUUAGUUUUUACAUUAGGAAAACUUGGUCUUUAUUGCUUAGUUUUACUCACUAUAGAUUAAAUUUUACUAAACACUUUUACUUAUGUGCUAAAGCUAUAAAGGAUUUUGAAUCAUC